CGCUGCCAAAGAGACACAACAGCGUCACACCACACAGUCCAACGCCGCCUCUGACCAAGCGCGCAGCCUCGUCGCCCGUCGCAGCGCACCCCGCCUCCACUCCGCGCCGCCGCCGCCGCCAUGGCCGGCAUCCUCUGGGCCGCCGACCCCUUCGCCGAGCUCGUCGAGCGCGCCACCUCCGAGCUGCUGCCCGCGGGCCAGGAGGACAUUGCGCUCAACCUCGACAUCUGCGACCGCGUGCGCGCAAAGGCCGUGCAGCCGCGCGCCGCGGCACAGGCCAUCCGCAAGCGCCUGGCGCACAAGAAUCCAAACGUCGUGCUGCUGGCGCUUGGGCUCACCGACAUCUGCAUCAAGAAUGGCGGCGAUCACUUCCUUGCCGAGGUGGCCUCGCGCGAGUUCAUGGACAAUCUCGUCUCGAUCCUCAAGGCGCCCUCGGGCGUCAACCACGAGGUCAAGGCCAAGGCGCUCGGCCUCAUUCAGAACUGGGCGCAGCUGGCCGAGGCGCGGCCCGGCUCGUCGAUGAGCUACAUCAGCGAGACGUACCGCUCGCUCAAGUCGUCCGGCUUCGACUUUCCGCCGCGCGACCCGUCGGCUGUGAUCAGUGCCGCGCUCGUCGAGACGAUGACGGCGCCUGAGUGGGUCGACUCGGACGUGUGCAUGCGCUGCCGCACGGCCUUCACGACGUUCAACCGCAAGCACCACUGCCGCAACUGCGGGCAUCCCUUCUGCCAGCAGUGCUCCUCGCACACCAUGUCGCUGCCGUGGUUCGGCGUGGGCCAGGACGUGCGCGUGUGCGACGGCUGCCACGCCAAGCGCGCGCCGCCCAAGAAGUCCGUGUCGUCGACGUCGAGCGGCAGCACCAAGCUCAACCGCUCGCGCUCCGACGCGCAUGUGACGCCGUCGGGUAGAGGUGGCGCAGCGCACCAGCGCUCCAACACGCUCGGCUCGAAGCCCGCUGCGCGCUCGGCCGGCUCAGGCACGCGCCGCCAGCGCGAGGAGGAUGACCUGGCGCUCGCGAUCAAGCUCAGUCUGGAGGGCUCGGGCGGCGCAGGUGCCUCGUCGAGCGGGCCCGGCGCCAGUGGCUACGUGCCUUCGCAGCCGCCGACGGCGCGUGCCACGCGACAGGCCGACGGCCGCAUGAUGGAGGGCACGGACGCAGACGAUGACCCGGACCUGGCAGCUGCCAUCGCGGCCAGCCUGCGAGACUACGCUCCGCCGGCGCCAAGCGCGCCCGAAGGCCUGCCGGGGCCGGACGAGCAGAGCAGCACGCCGCGCCCGCACGACGGCGGCGCACGUGGCAGCGGCCGUCAGCCGCAGCAGAUGGCUGUGCCGCCGUCUCUCGAGCUUCCUGCACAGGACGUCGACGCGCUUCUCUCCUUCGCACAGGCGGUAGCGUCGCACGAGAACUACGCGCGGCAACAUGGCGCCUAUCCGGCGGCACAUCCGGGCCCGGAGCAGCAGCAAACUCAGGCGCUGCUGGAGCGCGCCUCUGCGGCACGGCCACGCAUGGCGCGCAACCUCGAGGAGGGCAACCGGCGGCACGGCGUGCUGGUGUCGAUGCACGACAAGCUCACCGAGGCGGUGCGCCUCUACGACCGGAUACUCGAUGCUCAGCUGUCGCGUCCGCCGGGUGCCUAUGGCCAACAGUACGGCGCACCGCCUCAGCAGUUUCAAGGCGCAUAUGGACAUCAGCAGCACUACGCUGGCCCACCUGGCCAUGCGGAGCCGUCGCCCGCGCCUGGUCAUCAGCAGCACGGCCAGUACUAUGCCGCGCCUCCUCAGCCAGGCUACAUGGCACAGGGCCAGGAAGGCUACGGCUACGGCGGCCACUCUGGCCCGUCUCAGCCGCCUCAGCGCGCCGGCAGCGUGUCCUAUGCUGCAGCCCCAGGUGCACCGCCGUCGCACUAUCCGGCGUCGCCAACGUCCGAGUUCGCGCCAUCGCACGCGCUCGCUCCUCCGCAGCACUACGCUCCUGGUGCGCACCAGGGCCAGGCGCCGCAGCAGCAGUACCAGCAGUACGCUCCGCCCUCGCCGGUCAUGUCCAUGGCUGCGACGCCCACGCCCACCGCCGAUGGCCGCACUAGCUACAUGCAGCAGCCGCAGCAGCCGCAGGCGCCCGGCUAUGGCGGGCCACAGGGCGCAUUUGCUGCACCGCAAGCGCAGCAGCCGUAUCAGGCACCGCAGCAGCAGGGGUAUCCAGGCGCGCACGGCUACAGCGCACCUGAGGCUCACGCCUACGCCAAUGGUCCUUCGGCACCGCAGGCCUCGGCUCCGCCGCCGUCGCACGAGCAGCAGCAGUGGCAGUCUCUGCAGUCGCUUCCGCCGGCGCCGCAUGGCACUGCGCCCGCCAUGUCGCCAGGCGCAGGAGUGCCGGCGCACCACAACCCUCUCGAGUCGCCCGUCGGCGACAUGUGGAACACCGCACAGUCACCGCCGGCGCACUAUGGUGCCGCGCCCAGCGCGAGUCUGGACGGCACGGCCGCUGCGUUCGGCGCGAUGAACCUGCAGGGCGCAUCGGCGCCGCAGGAGCACCCUGCUCACGCCUCGCCGCUCUCGCCCGUGCGCCCGCCGAGUGUCGGCUCGACGGUCAGCACGAGCAACAUGAGUGCGUGGCGCGACAUCCCCAUCGCACCGACGCACCCGCCCUCGGAGCCCGUCAAGCAGCAGGAGUCGUGGCAGCGUCCCAUGGAGGCCUCGCUCAUUGACUUGUAGCCGUCGUGCCCCGUUCGUCGGUGAUGCAGAAUGAUAUCAGAUUUCCAGCGCA